AUGUUCCCUCAUCAAACCACCACCAUCAUUCUCCGAGCAAACCUCCCCAUUUUCCGACGACACUUUAGUCUCUGGUCAAUGAAAAAGGACCCAGACUUAGAAUCAGCCCUCUCACGAAACCGACGUUGGAUCAUAAACAACCAAAUCAAAAACAUAAUCCUCCGUUACCCUAACAACGAAAUCCCAAUCGAAACUCUUCAGAAGAAAUUCAAAACCCUAGAUCUUCAAGGUAAAGCCCUCAAUUGGAUUUCCAAGUACCCCUCUUGUUUCCAACUUCACCAACGUCGCAUUCGUCUCACCAAACGCAUGAUCGACCUCGUUCAUCAAGAACAAACCAUCAAAGAUUCGCUUGACGCUGUUUUCGCCCAGCGUCUCGCCAAACUUCUCAUGCUUUCGGUUAAUAAUACCCUCAAUGUAUUAAAAAUCAAUGAAAUCAAGAACACUUUAGGGUUUCCUGAUGAUUAUUUGAUUCGAAUUGUGCCCAACUAUCCUGAUCUGUUUCGAAUUGUUAAUGAGAGUGGGAGGAGAAGCUCUAUGGCGAUUGAGCUGAUUCAUUGGAACCCUAGCUUUGCGGUUUCUGAAGUUGAAGCUUCGGCUUUGAAAAACGGGGUUGACCCGAAUUUCAAAUGCUGUUUGCCUUCUAGUUGGGUGAAAUCGUUGGAGAAGUUUCGCGAAUUUGAAUCAGUUCCUUAUGUUUCUCCGUAUUCGGAUCCGAGAGUUUUGGUGGACGGGUCCAAGGAGAUGGAGAAGAGGAAUGUGGGUUUGGUUCAUGAGUUGCUGUCAUUGACUCUUUGGAAGAAGGUUUCAAUUAUGAAAUUGGGUCAUUUUAAAAGAGAGUUUUUUUUGCCUGAUAAGUUGAAUGUGUUGCUGCUUAAGCAUCCUGGGAUUUUCUAUGUUUCUAAUAAGUAUAGGAUUUAUACUGUUUUACUUAGAGAAGGGUAUGUUGGGUCUCAGUUAGUUGAUAAGGAUCCUCUUGUGGUUGUUAAAGAGAAAUUUGGGGAAAUUAUGCAGGAAGGACUUCAUGAGUAUAACCAAAGGCGGCGCAUGGUUAAUGUCGAAAAGAAGAGAAACAAAGGUGUUCCUUUGAGUAGGGUGGAUGAGGAUGAAAUGAACGGUAGAAGAAGGAGAAGAAGAAGCAGUGAAGUUUCUGAUGAAGAUGAUGAUGAUGAUGUUGUUGAUGGAGGAAAUGGUAAUAAGUUGGGAGGGUUGCUUGACCCUGAAGAGAGAAAACGGUUUUAUAAAGUUCUUUUUGAGGAUGAUGGUUCAUGA